AAACGGCCAAUUCACCAGAAUCACUCGCUCGACACGCGAUAGAAUUACGAAGGACGCUCAAUACCUCUUCCCUUCCUCCUCCUCCGCUUCUCAACGGCGAUGACCGCGAACAUGGCUCUGCUCUCGCCGGCGACCGCCGGGACCGCCGCUGUCCCGGCGGCGGCCAUCAAUCGCCCCAGCACGCAGGUCGUUUCCUCCUCCCUGUCUCCCCUGGACUCGAUCAAAUCGGCCCGCGCCUCCCUCCGCCUCCCCCGGACGGCGGCGGCGGCUGGGAGCACCGCCGUGAACACCUUGCGGACGAGGAAGUGGAAGGUCUCGUGCGAGGUCGCGCUGAAACCGGACUCGAAGCCGUCCUCCUCUUCGUCGUCGGCGGAGAGCGAUUCUCCGUCGGUGUCGGGCGAGGGAGACGGCCCGGACGGCGGCCCGGCGAGGAUUGGGGCGAGAGUUAGGGUAACGGUGCCGCUGAAGGUGUACCACGUGCCGCGCGUGCCGGAGGUGGACUUGACCGGGAUGGAAGGCGAGCUGAAGCAGUACGUCGCGGAGUUCAAAGGUAAGCGCAUUUCGGCUAAUCUUCCUUUCAAGGUGCAGUUCGUUAAGGAAAUUGAAGGCCGCGGACCUGUCAAGUUCUUUGCGCAUCUUAAGGAGGAUGAGUUCGAGUAUGUUUGAUUGAUGCCCGUGCGAUGUGAUGAUGAGCUCGAUCAGUGUAUAAGCGCUUCGGCACUGUGUAUUUGCUUCCCUAUACAAAAAGCAAAUUAAUCUCUCUCCCAUUUCUAAUCUCUGUUCCGAUAUUCGUACAUACUUUUUUGCUAGCGUAGUGCUUGUGGAUGGUUGUUUGUUCUA